GGUUCAAAUCGUAACAGUCCCACCUGAUGCAAAGGGUUUUCCGACUACUUAUUCGGAUUGGAAUUUUUUACUUGCUUAUUAUCAUGUCUUCUUAUUUCAGUUGUGUUUGAUUCAUAAUUAUUUUUUUAAUUGUAUCCAGAGUAUGUAUAAAGAAAUUUGAGCUUUAAAAGCGGGUUUGAUUUUUCUCUAGAUGAUGGUUGAGUUAUUAAUUUUUCUUUAGAUGAUGGUUGAGUUAUUAAUUUUCAUUUGUGUGGUGAAUGGUAAUAGAUGCUUGUCCUGCAUAAACAUAUACUUCUCCUGACCCAAUUCUAGGUUAUUGAGUAGGCUUCUGUAACCAACAAAACCCCUUGUUCAUUUUCGGCAUCAGGAGGUUCUAGUUUUUACUCCUCAUUUCAUUUCAUAAUAUGCAUCAAUACCACCAUUAAAUCCUUGGGUUGUAUUUGCAGUCCUUUCAUAUUUUUGAGUGUCUCACGAUAAUAAGCUUAAUCGUCAUGUUUAGUAUAUGUGAUGAUUAACCUCAGUCAAAUCUCCGUUUGUUGAUUUUGUGUAAAACCACUACCUGUUCUAUUCUUUUGUAUCUCAGUGUUAAGGAGGUCACUUGGGGUGCAAAAGUGUUGCACACGAGAGUUGAAUGAUAUGUUAGGUGCAAUUUUGAUCUUGCUGACUGAUUAAAUUUAUCUCUCAUUUUUAUUCUACUGUCGAGAGUUGAAGGUUUGUACUUUUUUCCUUAGUAUGCUACGCAGUUGAAUUGGAAUCCCCUAUUACAAGAGGAUUACUCAUAUAUUCCUCAAUUUUAAAUCCAAUCCUCUUGUGGUGUACGGCCGUUUAGUUGUUUGAGUUUUUGUUAUUCUUAUUAUUUCAAUAUGGCUUACUAAUUGGAUCUGGAUUUUGGUUCAGCUUUACAUUACUAAGUGACUGGCCACUUUUCAUGUUUUGGUUUGAUGCAGCUGCUAUGCCCGGUGUAACACUAAUGCUUUUUGCUAGUUUUGUGUGGUUUAAGUUGGUGUCAUAUGCACAUACAAAUUACGAUAUGAGGGCGCUUUCCAAGUCCGGUGACAAGGUGGCCCCUUACAAUACUUUAUAUUCGCAGCUGGAAGAGCACCAGAGCCAAGUUGGUGUCGAUACAACUAACAACAAAUGUAAGGAAACGCUUGUUUUAGGUAUGGUGGAUCCAAACGAUUCAUUAUCUCAUCUGGCAGGGGUCUUUGAUGUUCAAGUGAAAAUAUGGGCAAAGCUUCUCAAUGCCUUUUGUACUAAAAGCUGGAACUUGAAUUAAUCUACAAAGUCUAAAUCCAAUGUUAUAAGGACACCUAUAUGAUGAAGUUAUUCCCUGAAAUUGUUCGAAACAUCUGUGACAAGGAAGUGCUCGCAGAAGAUAAGAUUCUUCAAUGAUUCUGCGAAGGAUUAAACCUCAAGGGAAGGUGAGAAGUUGGGAUAUCACUUGCUAGAAAGCUCAUAAGCUUUGAUUUAACUGUUUGUAUCUGGCUAUGCAUGUAAAUGAUGAUUUACGAUUUGGUUUUUGUACUUCAAGGCUUAUGGUUUAUAAUGACGACUGCCAUAAUUAAUGAACUAGUUACAUUAGGAUUCCAUGUAUAACCCAUUCUGUAUCUUGUUCUCGAGAUAUGUCAAGGUCGUGAAUUUAUGAACUAGUUAUGUUUGUCUCGUUGUGUCUAUGUUGGACAAAGCAACGUAAAGAGAUUGACAUCAUAUUGGUUAGGAUACCCACCUUUAUAGAUCACUGUCCUCUCAUGUGCAUGGCAAUGGUUAUUGUUUUCAUAAGCAUUUUCUUGAGUAUUGUGACCUCUCCACAUUAAUCAGC